AUGGCCGCUGACCUGAAGAACGAUUCGCCGCCGGACCUCAGUGAUGAGGCCGGCACAGUCGACUCUAGCUCGCCAAUAAAUGAGAAGGCACUGCUUCGCAAACUUGACUUAAAGCUUCUGCCGGCAGUUGGGAUUCUGUAUCUGCUGUCGUUCUUGGACCGCAGCAAUGCGGGUAAUGAGUAUCUCACCGGACUAACGCUAUACUUUAUCGGUUAUGUUCUCUUCGAAAUCCCCUGCAAUAUUAUCCUCAAGCGAACUACGCCACGGCUUUGGCUUCCAACACUCACCGUGGCCUGGGGUAUUGUCGCCACUCUGCUCGGUAUCGUGCAGAACAAGACGGGUUUCUUCAUUGCUCGAUUCUUCCUGGGUGUAACUGAGAGCGGAUUGUUUCCCGGUGUUGUGUACUACUUCUCGAUGUGGUAUAAGCGACGCGAGCGACAAUAUCGUAUCUCGCUGUUCUUCAGCGCUGCAUCACUCGCUGGUGCCUUUGGUGGUAUCUUGGCAUAUGGGAUUGGUAAGAUGGCAGGUGUCGUCUGGGAUAAUGGCUGGCGAUGGAUCUUCAUCUUGGAAGGUAUCGCCACAGUAGUAGUCGCCGUCGCGGCAUACUGGUUCAUCGAAAACUACCCCGAUACAUCAAAGUUCCUCACAAAAUCGGAGCGCUCCUUCAUUCAUGAACGCCUGCAUGCAGACAGUGACGCGAUUCGGGAAGAGAAGUUUAGCUGGGCUGCCGUACGUGAGGCAUUCCGUGAUCCAAGUUGCUGGCUCUAUGGGCUGGGCUUUCACACUAUGAGUCUACCGCUGUACACCCUUUCGCUUUUCCUGCCGACCAUUAUUAAGGACCUGGGAUACAAAGCAGCAGUCGCACAGCUCUUGACAAUCCCGCCAUACGCCGUCGCCUUUGUUACAACUCUAGGCGUCGCUAUCGCCUCUGAGAAACUCGCUAAACGUGCCGUCUUCAUCGCGGGUUCCGCUGGUGUCGCAGCAAUUGGCUACAUCAUCCUUCUCGCCAAUACCAACCCCACGGCUAGACCUGGAGUCUCGUACGUUGGAACUUUCUUCGCCGCAGCCGGAAUCUACCCUGCUACUGCUCUUGUCCUCAGUUGGCCAGCCAUCAACGUGUCUGGACAGACGAAGCGCGCUAUCGCGAAUGCUAUGCAAAUCAGUAUUGGAAAUCUUGGUGCCGUCAUGGGAACGCAGCUGUAUCGAUCUGGUGAUGGGCCUCGAUUCGUAGUUGGGCACUCCAUGGCUUUAGGAUAUCUUAUUGCUAAUAUUGUGGUUGUCAGUAUACUUGGUUGGAGAUUGAAGAAGCAGAAUGUUGCUCGGGCGGCGGUGAGUGAGGAGAUUAAGCACGUUGGAGAGGUGGAGGACUGGAGAGGCGACACUGAUCCCCGAUGGAGGUUUGAGUAUUAA